CGUUUCAUCUCUCUCUCUCUCUCUCCUCAUCAGCUCUUCACCUUCCGACCGACUUCAGCCAUGGAAACAGAAACUCAUCUUCAAAAACCCUAACCCUAGAUGUUUCAGACAGCACCAAAACCCUGGCUAUGGACCUAACAGCCAAAUACCCAAAAACAGAAACACCCUCGAGUUUCCACAAAUACCCCUCCUCCGAUUCCCGCCUUGUAUUAUCCUUCACCAACGGCGCACCCAAGCGCUACCACCACCAUCACAAUCAUCCCACCAAAUUCUUCUACAGGGAGUGCCUCAAGAACCAUGCGGCCGCGCUUGGGGGCCACGCCAUCGACGGCUGUGGCGAGUUCAUGCCCUCCCCACUCUCCUCGCCUUCCGACCCCACCUCACUAAAAUGCGCCGCUUGCGGCUGCCACCGUAACUUCCACCGCCGCAGCGACGACACCGACGAGGAAAACGAAGACGACGAUGAUCAAUUCACACCCAAAAGGCGCAAUUCGAGCUCGUCGCCGCCCCCGCUGGCUGCAACGUACUCUCCGACCGCGCCCCAGAUGCUGCUUGCCCUCAGCGCCGGGCAUUCCGCUCCGGCCGAUGCCGACAACGACACCCACGACGGCAGCAACAACAACAACAACAACAACAAUCCAACGACGCCGAAUGCGAAUUCGACGACGGUGAGGAAGCGGUUCCGGACGAAAUUCAGCAGGGAGCAGAAGGAGAAGAUGUACGGGUUCGCGGAGAAGUUGGGGUGGAAGAUGCAGAGGCAGGACGAAAGGGUAGUCGAGGAAUUCUGCAGAGAGAUUGGGGUUGGGAAGAGCGUUUUGAAGGUUUGGAUGCACAACCACAAGCAUGCUUUUGCGAAGAGGAAUAUCACUUGUAAUAAUUCCGAGCCCAAUAACACCCCCAGCAAUGACACUAAAACCAAUGUUGUCCUCAAUGCCUCUUCUUCUUCUUCUUAAGCUUUAAAGAGAAUGAAGAAGAUGAUCUUCUGUUGUUAUUAAUCCACCUUUUUUAAUGAUUUUGCUGUAGGUUUUUUUUCUUUCAGAUAGAGAAGAAAAAAUGGGGAUUUGUUUUGGCAUUC